AUCCUACCAAAAAGCACAACACAACCAGCUCCUGAAUAUCGCAGUUUGACUUUCUAUAAUCUUAAAAUUAUUAUUUCCUACUACAAACACCGUCAUCUAAUUUGCUUAGAUAAGCACUACAGAUGCACACGCAUGUUUCCAAAGGGGAAGGGCGUUUACCUCGUUACUGCUUAAGUAUAAAAACCAAUAGUCGAAGCAAAUAAUGUCUUUUUACUGCUUAAGAAGUGACUUAUGUCUUCUCUUUGGAUCGGCAAAGCCCUGACAGUCGCACAGCCGUGCUGAACUGGCCGAUGGCGACAGAAGCGCCCUCGCUGGCUGAUUAUAAGCGGUUUCCACCCACUUGAACCGGAACCUUUCGGGGCCGCUCGGCUCUGCGCUCCGGAGCCUCCGGUGACAGGAGCGGCGGUGGCGUCGCCAUCGUCCAUUUAACGCCUCCUGCUGUCAUCCGCAUAUUGACCAGCAAAGAAAAUUACGGACGCGCAAUAGCGAAUCUUAUUGUGUUUGCUUAUUAUUUAUUAUGAUCUGUCACGACAACCAGCCGGGCUACUGCGUGGGCUGUGGGGACUUCGGUUUUUGUCUGAAUGCGACCGUAAGAGAGAAAAGGCGAGGUACUCUGCUUCUUAGAUGGGGGGUUUAGCCUGGAUCCGGAGCAGGCAGAUGCUAUAUCAAUGAUCGUAUAUAUGCAUUCCGGUUUCUCGUUUCCAGAAUAGCCGCCCAGGUCAUCGCGGUUCUGUUACGGGUUUAGAUACAUUUUUUAAUCUAUUUUUGGCGAAGAUAAGAUAUACGACGGGAUCCGGGACAUACAUGAAGAGACGCUGAGAGAUAGAGGGAGGGAGUGGGAGAAAAUGGGGAACACGGCGUCCUGCUGCGUUUCGGCGAGCCCCAAGCUCCGGAGAAACGCUCAUUCUCGGCUAGAUUCCUACCAGCCCGAGCCGGACCUCAGCCGAGAAGAUACGGGCUGCAACCUCCAGCACAUCAGCGACAGAGAGAACAUCGAUGAUCUGAACAUGGAGUACAACCCUUCGGACCACCCACGAGCCAGCACCCUGUUUCUCAGCAAGUCGCAGACGGACGUGCGGGAAAAGCGGAAAAGUCUCUUCAUGAAUCACUUAACACAUAUUUUGGAAGCUAAGCACGGCCGAGCGAGACGGAAAUACAGCUCCUGCUCCACCAUAUUCCUGGAUGACAACACCGUCAGUCAGCCCAACCUGAAACACACUAUUAAAUGCGUAGCACUGGCGAUUUAUUACCAUAUAAAGAACAGAGAUACCGACGACAGGACGCUGCUAGACAUCUUUGACGAGAAACUGCACCCCCUCUCGAAGUCGGAAGUGCCGUCGGAUUAUGACAAGCACGACCCGGAGCAGAAGCAGAUUUACCGCUUCGUGCGGACCCUGUUCAGCUCGGCUCAGCUGACGGCAGAAUGCGCCAUCGUUACCCUGGUCUACCUGGAGAGGUUGCUGACGUACGCAGAGAUGGACAUCUGCCCCGGGAGCUGGAAACGCAUCGUGCUGGGGGCCAUCCUGCUGGCCUCCAAGGUGUGGGACGACCAGGCAGUGUGGAACGUGGACUACUGCCAGAUCCUGAAGGACAUCACCGUGGAGGACAUGAAUGAACUGGAGCGGCAGUUUCUGGAGCUGCUGCAGUUCAACAUCAACGUCCCGUCCAGCGUCUACGCCAAGUAUUACUUUGACCUGCGCUCGCUGUCCGAAGCCAACAACCUGGGCUUCCCCUUGGAGCCACUCAGUCGGGACAGGGCCCAGAAGCUGGAGGCGAUAUCCCGGCUGUCUGAUGAUAAGUACAGGGACUCUCGGAAAGCGGCAAAGAAGAGGUCAAUGAGCGCAGACCACCUCAGCGUCGUCCGAUGGGCCCCCGCCAUCAUAUCCUAACAGUGCCAAGAUGGGGGGGGCUGUCCCCGCCCCCCACCCCACCCCGAAGCCACCGGACCCAUACGACCUGCCCAGGUCACCUUUUUCAAUGUCUGGGGUCGAUGCCUCCACAGUGCCUCUGUUUGGUCCCACCUGGGAUCUUACUGGGAUCUUACCAGGAUCUUUUUGGAACUUACAACGAUCCUGGAAGAGACAAGACACUGAAGAGAAGUGGGGUCAUUGUGUGUUUCUUUCUGACUCUGUUUCUUACGUCCCCCCUCCCUGGGUCGCCAUGUCUUGCCGUUACUUUGAGUGAAUGUGCAAAUUGGACAAAGAAUGCUACCAAUGAUGAAGCAAUGAAUAGGGUUGUCUGGUCGGGUCCCGUGAGUUUUGAUUGGCUCGUCUGAGCCACUUCCCUCAUAAGCACAGGAAGGGGCGGGUCUUUCCAGGUGUCCCAGUGCUUGUCCCUCCCCCCCCCCCCCCCCCCCCGCCUUCUUUUAAACAACAAAAGGUCUAUUUUAGUCUCUGAUACCAUUUUUCAAACUGAAUUGUUCCUCUUUAAAAUGAAGCGGUCUAAGCAUUUCAAGGUGCUUUCAAAAUCUUUUUCCUAUAGCUUUUCAGUUAUUUCCCUUUAAGUUAUGGAUGUUUGAUCCCAGUGAGGUGAUUGGAUGUUCUUGUCAGGUAAUGGCCACUAUCUGGGGAACCUUUGGACUUUUAUUCCUGUUUCCAUGGCAAGUUUCACCAGGGAGACCCUCCAUUAAGUGCCCCUGACAAAGACUAGGAUGCCAGUCUAUGGUGACUUUCUUCGUGGACCAUAAUGCACUUCUGUGUGCGAGUGUGGCGAUAUCCCUCAUCGAACCAGUAGACACAUGCAUCUCCAGCCAGCAGAUUAUUACCUACAUUACCCCCCCCCCCACACACACAUUCCUUACAUUCCUGUUCCACCAACAGACAUGCAUUUGCGGUCAUGUGUCCUUCUGAUAACUGCAGACUGGUUUUACUAUGGCGAAAAGAGUAAAGAAACGGUGCCAAAACUUCAUAUCUAUCAUCAGUUUUCAUUCUUUUAUUGCGGUUUGAGGUUGGGGAUCAUGGACUGUGUGAAAAUGAGGCGCGUAACAGCUGCCUGUGUCCACGUCACAUGCUUACAGAGUACCACCGUUACCAUGUCAAUGUCAAACAUUGCCUUCCUCACCGUUCACUCCCAUGUGGGGGGGGGGGGGGGGGGCACUGUAUGUGUGACCCAGAACCCAGCCUGCAAUCUCUAUGUGUUUAUUUAUGGGUGGAAAAGUAGGAGUUAAACUGUGUAGAAAUGGGCAGGACAGCCACCCACAGAAUAUAUGGAGCCUCAAGACCUGAGUUGGGUUGUAGUAGUAACUGUUGUGAAGCCACUGAAAUACCUGUAGCAGCUGAGGUUCGAGCCAAUCAUUGUGCAUGUUGCUGAUCAUGUGACCAUACCACGCCAGCCGUAGCGUAGACGCUCCGUGUGACGUGUGGGAGUUUUCUGAUGCCUAAAGGUAUGUUCAAAAGACAUGUUUCUAGACAAAAACAGACUGUAGUGCCGUUUGCUGGUGAAGGUCUUAAGUACUGAGCCAGUUUAAGGACAAAUGCAGACAGGCGAUCAGUACGUCAGGGGCCAACCAUGAGUUCCCGUGAGUUUGAACAGGUUUCUGCAUUAACAUCAUCCGUUUGUAAAAAAAUAAGAAGCAAUGCCUUCGUUUUGUACCAAGUGAUGAAAUAUGAAAUGCUCUGAAGGACAUUAAGUUAAAUAUUAAUUUAUUAAAUAUUUAAAGAAAAUCA